GUUUCCCGGAUUUCUUUUUCCAAAAAGAUUGAAACUUGAUUUGCUUGAGGGAGGUUGUUAGAAAGGUUCGACUUCAAGCAAUCAGAAGAGGGAACAUGGCUUUUGAUCCCAUUCCGGAGAGCAUCCGGAAGGUUUGGGACACAUGGAACCUCAGGGGCUUCAUCAUCUUGAGCCUCUCUCUUCAGACCAUCCUCAUCUUCUUUGCGCCGUUCAGGAAGAGGACGACCAACAUGUUCAUGAUGUUCGUAGUCUGGUCGGCUUACUUGCUUGCUGAUUGGGCCGCUGCAUUUGCGGUGGGACUCAUUUCCAACAGCCAAGGGAAUGACUCUGCUCUGGCCGACAACGGAGAUCUCUUGGCAUUCUGGGCACCUUUCCUUCUGGUGCAUCUUGGCGGCCCGGACACGAUUACUGCCUUUGCCCUAGAAGAUAAUGCCCUCUGGCUCCGGCACUUGCUCGGCCUUCUUUUUCAAGUUUUUGCUGCGGGCUAUGUAUUCCUCCAGACAUUGCCCCAUAACAAGCUAUUAGUCCCGACCAUACUGAUGCUUGUUGCUGGGUUGAUCAAGUAUGCAGAGAGGACUAGAGCAUUGUAUCUUGCAAGCUUGGAGAGUUUCAAGGAAUCCAUGCUCAAAGAACCUGAUCCGGGUCCAAACUAUGCAAAGCUUAUGGAUGAGUACUCGUCACGGAAGGAUGCCAAACUCCCAGCCAAAAUCACGAUCACCGGAGAACCCGACAGAGAAUCUAAGACCAUGAGCUAUGAGGGCGCAAAAGAAGGGACUCUUUCUGAGAGCGAGGUCAUCAUGCAUGCUUAUUACUUCUUUAAUAUCUUCCGGGGUCUAAUUGUCGAUCUCAUCUUCAGCUUUCGCGAGCGGCACGAGAGCCGGCAGUUUUUCCAGCACAGGACUCCAGAGGAUGCUCUAAGAGUCAUCGCGGUCGAGCUCAACUUCAUGUAUGAGGUCCUCUACACAAAAGUGCGGGUGGUACAUUCUGUGAUUGGUUAUAUUUUUCGAUUCAUUGCCUUUGCAAAUAUUGCGGUAGCUCUCGUGUUGUUCACCUGCCUGAAGAAGAAUGGAUUCCAUAGAUUUGAUGUCAGAAUUACCUACUGCUUGCUCUAUGGGGCUAUUGCUCUCGAUGCAAUAGCUCUUUUUAUGGCCAUUUUCUCUGAUUGGACUGUUGCUACCCUAAAAAACAUCAAGAAAAGAUCCCGACUUUCGACCCUGUUCGAUAGAUACUUUGGUGCACCAUUCCUCUCUAUAAUGGACCUGAGGAAGGAUUUGGGCAUAACUAAAUGUCGAAUAGGCAGUGUCGAAUAUGAUGUGUUCAAAACACGAGUACCAUUCCGAAGGUGGUCUGAGACCAUCUCGGCGUACAACCUGCUAUCCUAUUGUCUGAAAGAGCGUCCAAGAGGAAUACCCAAACCGCGGGGGUGCUUGAGCAGCUGUUUCAGUAAAAUCGUAAGUUUUCCAUGCUAUGUUGUGGGAAUGGUAAUGUCCUGUCUGAGCUCCAUUGGUGAAUCAAUUUCUAGUUGCUUGUGUUUGGGCUACAUGUUUGAUCGUAUCGCUCACGUUUUGGGAACUAUCUUCGGUUUUAUCACCAAUAAACUGGGAAUAGCAGACAUUUUCGACGAAAUCAAAUAUGUGUUCGAGAAUGCCUUCAUCAAGGAGCUUUGGGAGUUUAUAUUCGAGGAGUUGAAAGGCAAGGCAUCGUUCGCAGACGACGCUGAGACGGCCAAAAAGAUAUGCGAGGCACGAGGUGAAUGGGUUCUCCAGGACAGCGAGUGGACGCAAGACUAUUCCCAUUUAAUGCAAUAUGUUGAGGAAGUCGAGUAUGACCGUAGUCUUCUAUUGUGGCACAUUGCUACAGAGAUCUGCUACCAGAAAGAUGAGGGCCCCAGCAAUGAUGACCGAAAGUAUAGGAUAUUCAGUAAGAUCCUAUCGGACUACAUGUUGUAUCUUCUAGUGAAGCAACCCAAGAUGAUGUCGGGUGUUGUGGGUAUCGGCCAGAUUAGGUUCCGAGACACCUGCGCCGAGGCCACGAAGUUCUUCAGCAGACGGCGGAUUGGAACGGCUCCUAAUAUGAAACGCAAGGAAGAGGAAAAUGAGGAUAGACUCAAGGACGCUUGCAGUGAGAUUUACGAUGUGGACACAAGUGUCAAACCAGUGUAUGUGAAGGGUGAUCGGAGUAAAUCCGUGUUGUUCGAUGGAUGCAUCUUGGCCAAAGAGCUGAUUGAACUAAAGGAAGUUAAGUGGAAGAUCAUGAGCAAGAUAUGGGUGGAACUGUUGUCAUAUGCAGCCAGUCAUUGCAGAGCCGAAACGCAUGCCCAGGUACUUAGUAAGGGUGGCGAGCUUGUAACUUUUGUUUGGCUAUUGAUGGCUCACUUUGGUAUUGGAGAGCAGUUCCAGAUCAAUGAAGGCCAUGCCAGAGCAAAGCUCAUCAUUGGUAAGUGAAGCACCAUCGCGUCGAUUUUCCUAGAAUAAGGAGAAAUGCUUCCUUGAGAAAUGUUUCUUGUGUAGAAACUUCAUCUUGAAAUUGCAAUGUUGCAAAAUCUUCUCUACAAGUUUUGUAAUUCUUGAUUUGACAACUUUCUUCUAGCAAUCAGAAGUUCUUCUUUAGUAAGGUUUUGGCCCUGAGGUCACAGUUGCCAAUCUCCCAGAUAAGUAAAAGGUAAGACUGAAAUAGGGAAAGGCUUUCGCUGUGGGUUUGAGUUUGCUUUUGUCUCCUAAUACCAAUCUUGGAAUUGAAGAUUGCUC